AUUCUGGAUCACGAAAUGAAUAAAACUAUAAAUAAUUAAAAAAAAAAUUUAGUAAUAAAAUAGAUGAGGAAUAAUUAAGUGGAUUAAAUGAUUAAUUCAAUAAAUAACCAUUCGAAGUUACUAGAUAAAAGCUCAAACUGAUAUUAUUGAUGUGAAAACACAUUUUUACAAUUCAAAAAGCUAUUAUCUUUUGAGAAAUUCGAUGGAACAUUGGUAAUCGGUAUUAUCACAUGUAAAAAAAGGAGCUAGUUGUAAAUGUUAAUGAUAUAUAAUUUGUGUCAUUAGCAGUUACUACACUAUACUAAACCGUAUUUCAUCAAAGUCAGCAGAACAUUGUUCAAGUGCAUGUACACUUUUAAAACGUUGAUCGUAAAUAAGAAAAAUAUUAAUAAAUAAAUAAGUAUCCAACAAAUAAAAAAUUAAUAAAUAAUUAUAUAGUGAUGUUCAAUCGUUAAAUAAAAAUUCAUUUUUUAAACAUUCAAUUUUUAUAAUAAUAAAAAUUAAUUGGAGUAACCUGUACGUUUACUUCCAAUUAAGUGUAAAGCGAUAAUAAUAAAAUAACAAGAAACUAAUUAGUCACGAUAUUUUUUUGCAGUUAAUAAUAAAUUAAUAACUUAAAGAAGAAACAAAAUUAAAACAUUAUUUAAUUAUUCAAAAAAUAUUUACAUAAAUAUAUCAAGUAUGCAGAUUUAUAAAGAAAAAAUACUCUCCCCAGGACAACUUAAAAGAUUGUCAGAACACAAAUAUAGUUGCUCAAAUGCUAGUUUUUUAGACAAAUAUCUACAAUUUUGGUGGGAGUGGUUAGUUGAUAAAGUACCACUAUGGUUAGCUCCCAAUUUAAUUACAAUUGUAGGCCUUAUUAUUAAUAUUGCAACAACACUUAUUCUUGUUUACUACAGUCCUGAUGCUAAGAAUGAAGUUCCAAGAUGGGGUUGUUUUUUAUGUGCAUUAGGUCUUUUUAUUUAUCAAAGUCUAGAUUCAAUAGAUGGGAAGCAAGCAAGAAGAACUGGAAAUUCAUCGCCACUGGGAGAACUUUUUGAUCAUGGAUGUGAUUCCGUUUCGACUGUUUUUGUCGCACUGUCUGCGUGUAUAAGUGUACAAUUAGGAUAUUAUCCAAGUUGGAUGUUUUUUCAAUGUUUCUGUGCAAUGACUCUCUUUUAUUGUGCACACUGGCAAAGCUACGUAUCAGGAUCAUUAAGAUUUGGAAAAAUUGAUGUGACUGAGGCUCAGUUUACAAUAAUUACAAUUCAUUUGACUUCCGCUAUUUUUGGGCCAACAAUAUGGAUGACUGAGAUUCCCUAUCUAAAUGGUUUACAAUUAAAAUAUUUAUUAGGCGGUAUGACCACUGUCUGUGCAUUAUCGAGUUUUUAUUCAAUGUUUACUGUUAUUUUUACGGGUGGAGUUGGCAAAAACGGGUCAACUGUCGCUUUGCCAUUUAUUGGCAUAGAGCUGAAGGUUUUUUCAUUAUGGUGUACAGUUGGAAUUGCUAUUUUACUCGCCCAUAGCAGUUUAUCGGUUAUACUUGGUGGUGGUGUUGGAAAAAACGGCUCUACGGUUGCUGGAACUUCUGUAUUAUCUCCAAUUAUUCCAUUUAGUCUUGUUGUUGUACCCGCAUAUAUUAUUUAUCAAAAGAGUACACAACAUGUUUAUGAGAAUCAUCCUGCACUUUAUAUACUUUCUUUCGGUAUAAUUGCUGCUAAAGUCACUAAUCGUUUAGUUGUUGCUCACAUGACUAAAGAUGAAAUGGACUAUCUAGAUACUGGAUUGAUAGGCCCAUGUAUGCUAUUUCUCAAUCAAUAUUUCAAUUUCUUCUUCGACGAAUACUAUGUCCUCUGGUUAUGUUUUAUUUGGGUUACAUUUGACUUCAUGAAAUACAGUUCACAAGUUUGUCUCGAAAUUUGUGAUCAUUUAAAAAUAAAACUAUUUAGAAUACCAUAUCCAAAUGAACCAUCAAGUUUUACUGAUAAAAAUGGUACUACUUCACGACUACAACGUUCAAAACCAUCGAAAAAAUAUCAUUAAUUCAGUUAAGUAAAAUUUAAACACUAUUAACAAUAAUAAAAAAACCGUUGAUGCUAAUAAUGAUGAUGAUAAUAAAUAAUAAGAAAAAAUUCAUAACAGAAUACAAGAAAGAUCUGUGAUCAUACAUGUAAUAAAUAGUACGUUUCUAUUAUUGAAUGAAAGAAAUAAUAAGCAACAAAUAAAAUAAGUCAUGAUUACUGUUGAUAUUCAUUUCAUUGAAUUAAAGCUCUAUAACAAGUUAGAAUUUUAUGUCUUGCUUGGUUAAUCUCAUCAUGAGGACAUUUGAAGUUAAUUAGAUUUUUAAUAAAUUAUAUUUAAUUUUUAUUUUAUACUUUAUUUUAAUCAAUUAUCAUUAUUUUUUGGGUUUUGACGU